CGGAAGACAUGAUAACCUGACCUGCAUGACAGACAGCAGCUGCGAUAGUUAUGAACUACAGUUGAGAGCAGUGUACGAAUAUUUUUUUGUGUGAGUUUAUUAACACUACAUGGGCUGUGGUGUUUUAUAUUUACGUCAGCUACCUACACAUCUUCAAACAGAUGAGAAACAAGAGUGCUAGCAUCAGAUUAGCCUAGCUAUUGUUACCGUCACGCAUCAUCAUCUCCAGGGACAUCCUGCUGUACAAGAACAGGUCUUGCAUGAGGUUGCUGUUUGAUCACUGAAGCAAUGGCCAGUCCUAAUGAUCUACAGUUCCAAGAGUUUGAGGAAGCAGCAGAGCUGUUGUCUGCAGACCCGGGAGCCUCCACACUCAGUAUGUCUGCCUCAAACACCAGCAUGACAGCAGCAGCAGCAGGAGGAGAAAGAGAAAGAGAAAGAGAAAGAGGGGAGGAUGUUAAACUAGACCUCUCAGAGGAUGAGGAGGGUCAGGAGGAGAGUUCAGAGCUGUUAGGAGGACAGAAACCAACUGGUGGCUUCUGGACCUUUGGGUAUUAUCAGUCUUUCUUCAAUGUGGACACAGUGCAGGUACUGGACAGAGUUAAGGGGUCAGUGAUGCCAUUACCUGGAAGAAACUUUAUUAAACACCACCUAAGGAGUAACCCUGAUCUCUAUGGUCCAUUCUGGAUCUGUGUGACACUGGUGUUCUCAGUAGCAAUCAGUGGGAACUUGUCCACCUUCCUCAGUGAGAUGGGAAACCCUUCCUACCACUACAGACCACAGUUCCACAGAGUCACGAUAGCUGCAUUAGUGAUCUUCAUGUAUGCCUGGCUCGUGCCGAUUGGUUUAUGGGGUUUCUUGACCUGGCGUCAAGGGGCUGAGAGGCAGAUUGGAGGCUAUUCAUUUCUGGAGACUGUGUGUGUCUAUGGCUACUCCCUCUUCAUUUAUAUCCCAACCUCGGUAUUGUGGAUCAUUCCAUUUGAGUGGUUGCGCUGGACACUGAUCCUGGUUGCCAUGGUGAUCUCUGGCUCCGUACUGGUCCUCACCUUCUGGCCUGUUGUCUGUGAUGACACAAAGGUGAUGGCAGUGGCAACAGUUGUGACCAUAGUGGUUUUGCACACGCUGCUGGCUGUUGGCUGUAAGAUGUACUUCUUCCAGACAGCAUUUUAUGUACCAACACCGCCCCCCACAACACCCCCAUUUCACAUAACAAUGACAACCAAACACUACUGACCAAUAGGAAGGAGGAAGAGUGCUGGCCAGGAUAAAGGAAAUGAAUGAUGUUUCUGUAGUGUUUGGAAUCACACGCAUUUAUAAAACCACAUAUAGACAAGCUGUUGGAGGCAAUGUUGAUUAUUGCCAUUGUGUGAUCAGUGCUUGCAUGAUGAAGUGCUGUAAUGAGGUGUGUUUAUUGUUUAUGUAAUUUAUCUUGAUGGUGUUCCACUGUGACUGUAGUAGCAUUUGUUCACUGCAAUAAUUGUACAUUUCUACUGUGAUGUUUCAGGAUGUGGUGCAUUGUAUAUGUCUAGCAUGACCUUUUUUUUUUUAAGUCUCUUUAUUGAGUUUUUGAGGACAGAUAAUGUGCAUAUUCCAGAGGCAGCAAUCUAAAUGCCACACAAAGGCAACAUUAAGUAAUGUCCAGUGGAGACAAAUAUAGAGAACAAUAAAGUGACAAACCAUAAAUACAAAAAACAAAACAAAACAAAACAAAACAAAACAAAACAAAAACAAACAAAAAACCACACACACACAUACACACUUUGGCAACUGCAGUCUUACAAAAAUGAGGAUGUGAUGCACCAUGGAUAGGCCCUAGUCACCUAACGUCAAGCACACAGGUUAUGAGUCAAUUCACUUCUGCUUGGUUGCAGACCAUUUGUCGAGAAAUGGUUUCCAGAUUAUCAGGAAGAUUUUUUCCUUGUUGGCAAGUUUAUAUCGAAGGCUUUCCAUAUGAAUCACAUUGCCAAGUUCCCUUAGCCAUUGGUAGCCAUAAAUCUCCAACUGUGGCAAUAUUUUUGUCUUUCCAGAAAUUGGAUCAACCAAACCUGGAGGAAAAGCAUGGUUUUUGCAGAUAGGGCUAUCUAGUAUGUAUACUGUGGAUUAAAUUCAGAAAGGACUGAAUUUGCUUCCAUAUUCGUAACGUACUUAGAAUAAUCUGGCUAGUUAAAGUAAUAUAAUGGUAUAUGGACAGGUAAGCACUGAAAGAUGUACAAGAAUCUGGGGAGCGAAACCAUUUUUAGGGCAUUGAUGCGACCGACUAAAGAGAUUGGCAGUGUAUUCCAAUAUUCAAUAUUUCUUUUCAAUUGUUAGGUCUUUUUUUUCCCAAUUGGACUUUAGGAGAUCACCAUAUUUUCAGGUAGCAAUAAUACCCAGACUCAUAAUUUGGUUAUUUACAAUUCUGAAUGGCAUUGUACUUAGAAACUCUACAGUCUACAUUAUCUGAUAAUGGAAGUAAUUCACUCUUAUCCCAGUUAAUAGAGUACCCUGAAAAACCUCUAAAAGUUUCAAUUAAACACAGAAGAGGAGGGAGAGACAUUUUGGGGCGAGACAUGAACAAAGUUAUGUCAUCUGCAAAAAGUGACAGAUGAUGUUUCGUUUCAUGUAUUUGAAUAGGUUAGAAUCAGGGUUUGUUCUGAUCUCACUGGCCAAGACUUCGAUGCAUAGAUUAAAUAAAUGCGGAGAGCACAAGCAACCUUGUCGGACGCCUCUGUGUAGGUAAAAUGGCUGUAAUAUCUCCCCAUUGGUAAUAAUGGAAGCCUGAGGUUGGGUAUAGAUGAUCUUAAUCCAAUUUAUGAACGAGUCGCCAAAUCCAAAGCGGUGUAGAGAAGACAGCAUGAAUUUCCAUUCAAUAUGGUCAAAUGCCUUUUCUGCAUCUAAGGCGUAGCAUGGCUUUCUUAACACAGUGAUUUCCCUUGAAGAUUCAAAUGCAAGUUCAAAAGAGGAAGAUAUUAAGAAUUAUUCAUUAGUAUAAGGGAAAAAACUGUAAGACUUCUACACCAAAUACAAUCAUUAAACCAUGCUGCCACCAAUCAUUCUUUCUUAUGAGAUAUUAGCUGGACAGCAAUGCUUAGAGACUUAAGACCAAGCUGUGGCAUCACAUCAGUACUUUUUAGUUGAGUAGAAAUUCACUGUUGGUUUACAAAAUAAAGGUGCUCAUCAAAAAGUGAUAAGCACACCUAGUUUGCGAAACUGUCUGGAGCUUACUAAAAAUGUUGAAACUAACAUUUUUGAGGACAGUAAAAUUAGGGCUGCCACCAUAAUUGUCAUUUUUUUCAUUUGAUAAAGCUGAUGAUUAUUUGUUUUUGAUUAAGUUUAUGAAAGAUCAUCACGAUUUCCUAAAGCCCAAGGUGACAGAGGAUAUUUUCAAAUUUAGAAUAUAUAAUUUACAACUAUAUAAUUAGGAACAGCAGACAUUUUGACUUGUCAGAAAAGCACAGGUGUUAUAAUAACAUGAAGGGGAUUUUUUAAAAUUAGGGUUGUAUAAGGUGCUCAUCUAUAGUUACUGCAUCACCUACAGGAGAUGACAGUCAGCCCACUCAAGUUUGGAAAAGCUAUGCAAUGUACUGCUGUGGACCAGAGAUAUCAUAGUUUUGAUGACAUCUCAAAUUUGACUUUUAUCACUCCAGUUUUUGACUUUGGUUGAGUAGUUGAUCAUGUUUUCCAACAUUUUUUGACUGUCUUAGACCAUAGGAAAAACAUGUAUGAAGUUUGAAAAUGGGUGUAGUUCUCCUUUAAGAAGUGCAGAAUGGGGCCCUGAUCACACAGAAAGUGUUUAAGCAGCUGGAUGCUGCUUUUUGUAAUUGAUUUUAAUGAUAAAGAAGCUUUUUGCUCACUGUUUUUGCAUUGCUAUGUGCCUUGCAUUUCUGUGCUCUAGGUGCCUAGUGUUUUUGCCGGACCACUCUAAACUCCUUGAGUUGAAAAAACUUCAACUCAGAGCGAAAAACAAGUACCCUCUGCCUGUCCAUUUUAGGAACUAGCUACUAACUACUGUGAAAAUAAUUAGGUAGUUUUAGCUAGCCAAAAUAAAUGAUAGAUUGAAUAUACAUUAGGUUAAAGAGGUGAUGGCAUGGCUGCCUGGCAAUGAUAAAAAGGCACAGCAAGUGUUUUUUACUUGUGACAUUCAAUUCUUUAAAAAAGGCGGUGCAAUUUGCCUUGCGCAACCUGCAAAAUACUUUCUGUGUGAUUUAGGCCUAAGUUUUGCAGUACAAACAAAAUAUUUUGUGGAGGCAACUGACUCAGUCAUGUUGACAUCCCGGUCAUAUGUAAAAAAAAUUUUUUAGCAAAUUGACAAAGACUAAAACAAAACCAAUUUCCUUUUUAUUUCAUUUUUGUUUGUUGUUAAGUAUGCAAUAUUGUUUCAGUUAGUUUUCUGCUUUAAAUAAAGUUUAAUUUUUAUUUUUCAGUUAACUUUAAUGUUUUUAUUCACACCUUGUUUUAUUUUUUAUUUGUUUGUUUUAGUUAAAGAAGUGUUUUACUGCUGAAAGGAUUUUCAUAAAACCAUGCUGUAGAAAGAUGCAAAUGGUGAGAAAAUGCAAAUGAAAAAUGGUGCUACAGUGCCCAACAGUA